AUGUUCAGAAAAGAAUUUGGAAAGAAGUCAGUUCUGCUUGGCACACCAACAGGAGUCUCAGCUGUUCUUAUAAAUGGAAAAACACUUCAUUCAAUUUUUAAGAUUCCAAGAAAGACCAACAAAUUUACUUCCCUUAAAGGAGAGCAAGCGAGAGACAUGUGCAAUACAAUGAAGGAUGUGAAAAUUUUAAUUUUAGAUGAGUAUUCAAUGAUUGGGUGCAAUACACUAUCAAUGAUUAACAGAAGAUGUAAGGAGGCUUUGGGAAAUGAUAAAGACUUUGGCGGUCUAAUGGUAAUUCUGCUUGGAGACAUCAAACAACUGCCAAGUGUCAAAGACAACCCAUUCUUCUCUAAAACACAAAAAUCGUUACUUGGAAAGGAAGGCAAAGCACUAAUCAAUAAUUUUGAAAAGGUUUUUGUGCUGAAAACAAGCCAUCGUCAGGCAAAUGAUCAAUCCUUUCUUAAUUUACUGGAUAAAAUGAGUGACAUGCAAAUGUCUUCAGAAGAUUAUCGUCUUUUAACAUCAAGAUUCACUUAUAAUGUAUCAGUAAAAGAGAAAGAUUCAUUUGAGGAUGCAUUAAGAUUAUUUGCAACCAAAGAUGAAGUAAAGCAAUAUAAUAUUGAGAAAUUAGCUCAACUAAAGGAUGACUCAACUGGAACCCCAAAUCCUGUGCUUAAAAUACCAGCUAAACAUAACUGUUCUCAGGCUUCCAAAGAAUCAACUGAUAGUGCUGAAGGUUUAGAAAAGGACAUAUUUUUGGCAAAAGGCUGCAAAAUUAUGCUAAAGUCAAAUGUAUGGCUCACUCACAAGCUGUGCAACGGAACUACAGGAACAGUCCAUGAUAUUCUUUUUCAUCCACAAAAAGGAACCCCAUCAGUAAUUUUAUGUAAUUUUCCCUCGUAUGAUGGACCAUCCAUAAUACCUGGAACAAAAUUGGUACCAAUAAAAGCAGUUUUAAAAUCAUGGACCAAUAGUAAUGGUAUAAACUGCACAAGGUUUCAAUUCCCAAUUACUUUAUGCUACGCAUGUAGUAUCCAUAAAUCACAAGGAAUGACGUUAGAAAAGGCAGUAAUUAAUAUUGGAAAAAGUGACUUUUCAUUGGGUUUAAGUUAUGUAGCAUUCUCAAGAGUAAGAUGUUUAACAAACCUUAUCAUAGAACCUUUUCUUCAAAAAAGAUUGAUACCAUCUCCAAGGACUCUUGCUACAUUAGAAAUGAGACAAGACUUUUUAACAUUGUAG